AUGUCCAUGGCGCUGUACUUCGGCGGCGGCUGCGUGUUGUUGCCUUGGCUCGCUCUAUGGAUCAGCGACUGGCGCUACCUGAUGCUGGCAACUUCUCUGCCUAUGCUCAUGGCUGUGCUAACCCCGCUUGUGGUGCCGGAAAGUGUCAGAUGGCUGGUGUCAAAAGGCAGAGUAGAUGACGCGGUAAAACUGUUGAGAAAGUUCGAAAGAAUAAACAAAUCAAAAAUUCCACAGAAAGUGUUGGAUGAUUUUAUUUUGGUUGCGUUGACAACAAAGGAGGAGGAGGAGAAUCUGUGUGUAAUCCUGAAGACACCGUCACUCCGCAAGAUACUGGGUUUCCUGGUGAUAGCCUUCAUGGCGGUGGCGGUGAUUUUUGAUGGACUUAUCCGCAUGUCGGAGACCCUCGGUCUGGAUUUCUUCCUCACAUUCACCAUCACCUCGGCUACGGAGAUACCAUCGCUCGCUUUGCUAGUGAUAUUGUUAGACAGAUUCGGCCGUCGAAUACUCGUGUUUGCUCCGAUAAUAUUAUCAGGCAUUUUGGCUUUUAUAACGGCGUUUGUUCCUCGUGGCGCGGUGAGCGUGUCACUGGCGGUCGCGGCGCGCUUCCUCACGAACAUGUCGUACGGCGCGGUGCUCCAAUGGACGCCGGAGCUCAUGCCGACUGCGGCCCGCGCCUCGGGCUCGUCCCUCGUGCACAUCAGCGCCUUCGCGGCCGUCGUGUUCACACCCUUCAUUGUCUACUCGGAACGAGCAUGGGAAGGGCUACCACUCAUUAUAGUGUCAGUCGUUGCCUUUAUUGGGGGCGCAAUGGCGUUGUUCCUGCCGGAGACAGCGGGAUGCAGCAUGCCACAAAACAAGGAGGACUGCGAAGCUCUCGCGAAGGGUACAUCUUGCCAAAAGUGA